AUGUUUCCAACUUGGUUAUUUCGACCACGUCGAGUUGCUCAAUUCAGAACUCCAGUAAGAGCGGAGAACUAUCGAAUUUGUUGCUCUGUUGUGCCGACAAAGCCAAUGUUCCGUUUCUUUCACUACAUCCAUCUUCUUGUCAUUCUUCUUGCUCUCACUUAUCUCAUCGUCAACCGCUUUGUUUUCACGAAUCCAAAUGAAAGACUGAACAAUUACUUCACGAAAUGGUUAAUCAUUUUGAUCUACGUCUCGAUUACAAGUGUUAUUGGGAUCAUCUCGGCUCAUUGCCAUAAACCGAUCUUCAUCCAGAUUCAUUGGAUUUUGAUGAGUUUCUACUUGUUCCCUUCGUUGGUCAUCAGUCUUUUUCUGGCCAGCAUCUCGUUUUUGUCUUUCAUCCCUCACAUCGGCGAAUUCUUCAUGAGAGCUUUCAGCGAUUCAGUCGGCAUCAACAUUCGUCCACAGAAACAAGAGGAUGUUUUGAAAAUCUUCAUCUUCAUGACCUUUGCCGCGGUCACUUUCAUCCUACAACUGCUGCUCUCUAGCUCGUACUUUCAGUACAUCAAGGAACGUCAAUUGGAGAUCGAAAUGAACGAAGCUGAAUUGGAGAAUGGAUCACCGUUGAGGAAAAAAGACUCAGAAAAGUACAAGAUCCUCUCGAUGAAC